AUGGAUAAUGAAAAUCAUUUAGUAGAAGAAAAUCCAUUACAAGAAAUUAUCACUUUUAAAUCACUUGGUCUUAAUGAUGUAUUAUGUGAAGCAUGUGAAAAACUUGGUUGGAAAACACCAACAAAAAUUCAAUGUGAAGCAUUACCAAUUGCAUUUCAAAAUCGAGAUAUAAUUGGUUUAGCAGAAACUGGUUCAGGAAAAACAGGUGCAUUUGCAUUACCAAUACUUCAAGCAUUAUUAGCAUCACCACAACGUCUUUUUGCACUUGUUUUAACACCAACACGUGAAUUAGCUUAUCAAAUAAGUGAACAAUUUGAAGCAUUAGGUUCAAGUAUUGGUGUUAAAUGUGCUGUUAUUGUUGGUGGUAUGGAUAUGAUGUCACAAUCGAUAGUAUUAGCUAAAAAACCACAUAUUGUUGUAGCAACACCUGGUCGACUUGUUGAUCAUUUAGAAAAUACAAAAGGUUUUUCACUUCGUUCAAUACGUUAUUUAGUUAUGGAUGAAGCUGAUCGAAUAUUAAAUAUGGAUUUUGAAGUUGAUUUAGAUAAAAUUCUUAAAAUUCUUUCAUCAUCAUCAACACGUUCAACAUAUUUAUAUUCAGCAACAAUGACAAAAAAAGUUGCAAAAUUACAACGUGCUUCAUUACGUGAUCCAGUUAAAAUUGAAGUAUCAGAUAAAUAUUCAACUGUUGAAAAAUUACAACAAGCAUAUUUAUUUAUACCAGCUAAAUAUAAAGAUGUUUAUUUAAUUUCAAUAUUAAAUGAUAUGAGUGGAAAAUCUAUUAUUGUUUUUGCUUCAACUUGUACAACAACAUUAAGAUUAGCAUUAUUAACUAGAAAUUUAGGUUUUACAACUGUACCAUUACAUGGACAAAUGAGUCAAACAAAACGUCUUGGUGCAUUAAACAAAUUUAAAGGCAAAGCUCGAUCAAUUCUUAUAGCUACUGAUGUAGCUAGUCGAGGUUUGGAUAUUCCACAUGUUGAUAUUGUUAUUAAUUAUGAUAUUCCAACACAUUCAAAAGAUUAUAUACAUCGUGUUGGUCGAACAGCACGUGCUGGUCGUAGUGGUAAAUCAAUAACAUUUGUAACACAAUAUGAUAUUGAAUUAUAUCAACGUAUUGAAUAUCUGAUUGGUAAACAAUUAUCACAAUAUGUUACACAUGAAGAUGAAGUUAUGCUUUUAUUAGAACGUGUUAAUGAAGCUGAUCGACAAGCUCGAAUACAAAUAAGAGAAAUUGAAGAUGAUAAAAAAGAUAAUCGACGAAAACGUAAAAACAAAGAUAAACAAAAUGAUGAUUUUGAUGAUAUGAAAUCAUCAAACAAAAAACGAAAACAUGAAUAUAACGAUUCUGAAAAUGGUUUUGGUGUUAAAAAACAUUUGAAGAAAAAAAAAAGAAUAAAUAAAUAA